AUGGCUCCAACCGCUUCCGAGGAGCUGCCUGCGCUCCCGAUGCAACAACUCAACAUCAACAAGGACGACCCACCACAGAUCGAUCCCUUCUGGCAGACUACACCACGCACCGGCGCACCUGUUCUCGACGCAAUCAUGUCCGUCCUUCAGAGUGCUCCCACGCCACCAAAGCACAACAUACCUCCCGCUGCCACACCAAUGCGCCAGCUCUCGCGACCUCUGCGGCGACCGCAAUGCACGCACAUCACGAUGGAGCGAAAAUAUGGAGACGCCACCUGCUCAAUGUGUGGACGUGAGCCAUUCUUCGGCUGGCUGUAUGUUUGCUCCCAAGACCAGCUUCCCGCCCAACUCGAGCCACUGCCCGAUAUCGACGGGGUGCCGCUGGUGGCAUCACUCGAGACAGAUCCUCUCGAGAGCAAGGCGCGUGUAGCGGAAUAUCUCAAGAUGAGCCCAUUCGUUAUCAAGGGUAUCAGAGCUGGUGACUACAACGCCGAUCAGGUGGAAAAGCUCAUCGGCCAGCGCGAGCAUGUGAUCCGCACCAUCAACAAGGAGGAAUCGACGUUCAGCCACCAGCUUCAGCAUCCUCUCCAGCGCUCCAGCCUCCAACUAUCUGAUAGCAUCAUUGCUACUGCAGGUACAAAGGCUCCCACAGCACCAAAUCACGGCCUCGAGCUACCCAUGUCGACAGCCGGUACUCUCGUCAACACACCGAACGAGAGCACCACAAGCUCACCCAUCAAGAUUGCCAAGCCAAGAUUUCCAUGCAACAUGCAGAUCUGUCAAAGCUGCCGCCCGUUCCUCCAAGUCAGACUUUGCACCAGCUUCGACGCAGUCAUUACCGGCGAGAUCAACCCGCUCACCAUGGAUCCAUCCUGCCAACCACCCGUCAUCGACCGCGAUCUCGCUCUCACCAUCGGUCUACGCAAGCCACCCACGCCGCUCCAGGAUAGCGUGGCGUCCUUGCCUCAUCUUGAAGCAAGCCCGACCCAUCAGUCUGACAGCGACGACAACAUCUCCGUCGACUGGACCCGCACUUCCGCCAGUGGCAGCUCUUCCAGCGCAGAGCAGCAUCUCGACAGCUCAGAACUCUUUCCAUGCCCGGGAGCAGGGCAGUGUCCAGUGUGGAGUCGCCACUCCGGCUGUGCAUACGAGCGCGGCUUCGACGAUGGCCGCCGCGACGUCAAUCAUGGCUUCUUCCCAGUACAGUACACCGAAAAGCUGCACUCGUCCAGCUCGGACAGCAGUCUCCCAUAUCAACACACCAGCUCUGCCGACGCCUCCUCAACCGCAUCAAGCAUCAGUUUGCCAACACCGACAGCCUCGCUGUCGACCUUGAUGGCGGAGACUGAAGGGCAUGGAAGCGACUACAAGCGUCGCGUCAGUGGUGGAGAUGUGGAUAGUGGCGUUGCGUUGACGGAAGAGGCGGUCGAGACGGGCACGGCUGACAUUAUCACCGCGAAGUAG